GCGGAAAAAAAUGUAAUGCUCUUGCGGUUUGGUUGAUGUGUAUAAGGAGCGAUUGUAAGCAGCAUAAGCGACACUUCUCAAAAAUGUGUAAUGUGGAGCUUGGUAAAUCAUCGUUUUCUAAAAUACGAGCAGCGCAAUGUGGAAGUUAUACUGGAAAGUCACAGAGAUCGCCGUAGACUGGAAACACCCAAAAGUCUACAUUAAAAAUAAUGGCUCAUAGUCAGAUGAAUGUGGUGAAGUUCUAUCAAAGCGUUAUAGACGAUGUCAUAUCUGGUGUACGGGAAAACUUCCUUGAUGAAGGAAUGGAUGAACAGGUAUUGCAAGAAUUGAAACAGUUAUGGGAAACGAAAGUCCUGUCUAGCAAAGCUGUCGAAGUAGGUCCAGACAAUUCAGAACCUCAGCCACCUCAGCUGUUAAUGACAAAAGGUAAUGGUGUGAGCCUUGGCAUGGUAGCGAAAACUGUUGCAAUGCCUGGACAGACGCAAAUACUAACGCCCGUUACGACGUCAAUGCAUAAUGCCAACAAUUCCCAGCUCCAUCUCCAGCAACAUCAUCAAACACAACAGUUACAGCAGCAGCAGUCUCAUCAGCAGCCUCAUCAGCAACAAACCUUGCAGCAGCAACUGGUGCAUCAGCAGACGCAACAGGCCAGUGCCCCUCCACAGCCCACACAACAAACUGUAAUUGUGGCAGACCCAAACAAGACAGUGCCAGUACAGAUAACACUGCCUGCUCCUGCAGGCACUGUAACCAUCCACGUGCCUGUAUCAGCUUUGCAGGGGAAUACGCUACAGACGUCGCUGACGGGGCCCGUCAUUACUGCUGCAAUGGCCCUGCCUCCCCAGGUUGCUACCACAUUGCUGCAGCAACAUGUACUGGCUGCACUGCAGGCUGCACAACAGCAGCAGCAACAGCAGCAGUCACAGCAACAGCAGCAGGCUGCAAUACAACAAAUCCCACGACAGACUGAUGGCCAGGAUGACUCUGACACACCUGGUGGAUCAGGUCACUCUCAGAGAACUACCGAAGUAAUAUUGCAGUUAGAUGGACACAAUGAUACAUCUGACGAAGAGGAUGAAGAUGUUGACGACGAUGGUGAUGAUGAUGAUGAAGACGAAACGGAGGACCGUGUUGAUGAUGAUGAGAAUGAGGAUGAAGCAAAUGGUGGUGGCCAAGAAGAGGAGCCACUCAACUCAGGUGAUGACGUAUCAGAGGAUGAUCCAACAGAUCUCUUUGACACUGACAACGUCAUUGUUUGCCAGUAUGAUAAAAUCACCCGCAGUCGCAACAAGUGGAAGUUCUAUUUGAAAGAUGGUAUAAUGAAUCUAAACGGCAAAGACUUUGUGUUCCAAAAGUCUAAUGGUGACGCUGAGUGGUGAGCCAUGAUACUUGAGACAGAAAUUAAGUCAGUUGUUUGUGCACGAUCACCGGGGAAUUAUUAUUUUUUGUUUAUUAGGGCAUUUUGUGCCCUAUAUUUCUAUCUUUGGUUUCUUCUAUGGACAUUUUCAAACACAAAAGUGCACUGCUGAGAGAUGCAAUUAUACAGAUAGACUUUUAAGUUUCCUUUUUGUCACAUACUUGUAACAUUUAAUUACAAAUUAUGAAAAUUUGUUGAAAUUAUCACAUACCAAAUAUAUAUCUAUACAUAUGUACGUGGGUGAAUGACUGAAUGAGUGAGUGGAUGAGCGUGUGUGGAAGUCAAAUGAGAAUGCUGAUGACAAACUCCCUCUCAAUCUGAUUUAACAUUAUAACAUACUGGUCUUGUAACAGGUUUAGUGUUGGAAGUUUUGUGACAUUAUUCAACAAAGGUGGUGUAAACUUCACUAACUGAGUGCUGAAACUUAGACUUAUCAGUGGACUUUGUUAAAGGCAAUGGAAUGAUUAAUUCUGAUCUCUAAAAUAACUGUAAUUGAUUCCUACCUUUGCGAGGAACUGUGACUUGUUAAAGUAGUGUAGAUACAGAACAUUUAAUGUGUAGUGGUGCCACUAGGUCUGCCAGGGUAAACUAAAUCCCAUCUUGGGCUGCUGCUGAUUCUUGUACUUGCUCAAUUGAAAUCUUUCAUUUAUUGCAGUACAAUUACUUUUCAUAGGUUCAAGAAGAGAAUAAGUAACAAUUUAUUGAAUGAGGCAAUGCUUUUAGCGUUUGGUUCUUUUAGUGCCCUACUAUGCAUGUGGCCAGUGUUCAGAAUAAGGCUGAGAAAAUGUUUUUAUUUACAAUAUUAAUGUAUUGUAAAAGACUGUCAUUAUGUAUACUUCAGUAAAUAUAAAUUAAAGCAGAUUUAAGAGGUGUUAAGAUUCUACUCUCUGAUGCAAUAUGCCAAAUUUUUAAAUGUGAUCUUGUUUUUAUUAUGUUUAUUGAAUGUAUUGUUUAAAUAUUUACAGUUGGUGCAAGGGAAGUCUGUAUCUUGUGCAUAAGGUGUGCCCGUGAUGCCCUAUAACUUUAUAUAACUCAAGUGUGUGAAGGUAUUUUCAACAGAAGAUACAUUCCUGUCCCUUUUAAUCUGAAAUAGAUCAUUACAUUAAAAAACUGUAAUGUUAGUUGUCACUCUAUGGAAUGAGAUGCCUUUCCAUAUUUCACAUGGACUGUAACAGUGAUCUUUAAACAAAAGAAGUGGAAGAUGUAUCAAAUGUACAGUGCAAAAUGAGACACUUCUAAUGGACUGCAACUUAGUCACAGUGUUGCUUUUUUUGUAAUGUGUAGAUAAUGCCAUCAUUUUGUGCACUUGGAAUAGGCACUUUCACUGAGAAACUCGAAAGACUUUUUAUAUUCACAAUUAUUGCUUGCUGUCAUAGGUCACUGCAUCAUGGAUAUGAGAGGGAGUGGGAUAUUUGUCACCUGCAAAUUUGGAUUGAAGCUGUGAAAAGUUACUAUUUAAAAUUUUCCUGUAUAAAAUGUUAAAUUUAAGACUAUUUUAAUAAAUUAUUAUAUGGCUA